GUUUUUGUGACGACAGAUCAGCAAUAAAUACUCUUAAAUAAUCCUGCAGGUCUCUGAUGUGAACCCCGGGCGCUGCUGGUCUUUGUGAGCCGGCUCCAGUCCUCGUCCUUCUACUAUCUGCUCGCUCUUGUUUGUUUCUGCACCGUCGUGUUGUUACCGGAGACUUUGUGAAAAUCAGGCUGCUGCCGGUCUCUUACAAACAAAGUCAAGUCCACGUUCCUUAUUGGUCCUUCAGGAGCCGGUUCGUCUGCGGUGCCGUGUUCAGACCCUUUGGUUGUACCACAGUGUAAACACACUCCAUUACAACAGAGCAACUACUCAGAUCACACGUAGUGAAUGCAGAAGUAUUGUCUGUCGUUAUGGAAAGAUAUUAAAACUGAUUCGUGUCUCUGACUGUAAGUGAAGACUGGACCGAAGAAACUACAAGAAACAUUUCUACUUUAAAACAUCGGAUCUGUGAGUAUUCAGACGUCACAUUUUGUCACGUGGUGAAUAAAAAAAUACUGAAAUAAAACUACAAAUACAAAAGAUAAAAACGUUGUUAAUUAUCAGUUUUUCUAAAUGAAGUUUAGUAAAAGCUGUUCCCAGCGGCGGAAACAGCGCCACCCCGGCAUUAGACUUCACUCAGCGGUCGGACCGGGUAUUGCACCUGCAGCUCCGCCGGUAAAACGGUUUGUUGUUCAGCUCCUCCGCUCCGGCACGGGCACUAAAUGCGCAUGCGCAAUGAGAUGAAUGGCCGCUGCACCUGACGGCCCACCAGGAAGUGUGGCGGACAAAUCCUCGGCCGUUAAUCCCCGCUCGGUACGGUAACCGGAGGAGGCACCGACAGUAGCAUGCUCAGCGGCCCGGACCGCUCAGUCUGACCGUCGGGACCGUCUCCGCUCCGGGCUCGGCCUCCGGGAUCGCGCCGCUGCGCAGUGAGUGCAUGCAGGCAGAGCGCGCGGGGCUGUCCGUCUCCUCCCCCCGCCUGUCGGGCUCCAGACCCCGCUGCUGCUGAGCUGAAGCUCCGUGAAGCUCCGUGAAGCUCCGGGCACGUCCACCCUGACUGCAAUGGGAUGCUGCGGUAGCGCGGAGAGGACAAAGAGAGAAUGGAGACCGCUGGAGGACCGGAGCUGCACAGACCUGCCCUGGUUCCUGCUCUUCACCGUCUUCUGCGUCGGCAUGGGCAGCAUCUGCGGCUUCACCAUCGUCACCGGCGGCGCCGCUCGCCUCGUCUUUGGAUAUGACAGCUACGGAAACACCUGCGGUCAACGCAACGAGCAGAUCGAGGGCGUCAGGCUCAGCGGCCUCGACCACACCGACAGGAAGUUUGUCUUCUUCCUGGAUCCCUGUAACAUCGACAUUGUUCAGAGGAAAAUAAAAUCCAUGGCGCUGUGUGUGUCUCUGUGUCCCACCGAGGAGCUGAAGACCUACCAGGACCUGAAGAGGUUCGCCAUGCUCAACGGUUCGGAGCUGUGUUCCUACGAGUUAGCAGGUCAUAAAUAUCCGGGCCUACCUGAGAGGUUCUCCAAAUGUCCCAAACUUCCUGUUCCCCCCAGUAAGCCGCUGCCGGUGUUUAACCGCUGCACUCCGCUGGAUGUUUCCUGCUAUGCGAAGUUUGCGGAGGCCGUGGUGACGUUUGUGAGUGACAACAGCGUUCUACACCGACUGAUCGCCGGCGUCGCCGCCAGCAAAGAGAUCAUCAUCGGACUGUGUGUUCUCGCUCUGGUCCUCUCUAUGAUCCUCAUGGUGAUCAUUCGCUACAUCUCAGCCGUCCUCGUCUGGAUCCUCACCUCGCUGGUCGUCCUCGGAUCCCUCGCGGGGACCAGCGUCCUCUGGUGGCUCUACAUCGACCACCGGCUGUACGGAAACGACACCACCACUAAAGUGAUGAAGGAGGUGAAGGAGGAGGAGAAGGAGGAGGCGGAGGUCAGCAGAGACAGCGGACAGGCGCUGCUCGUCUACGCCGUCGCUGCCACCGUCUUCACCAUCAUCCUGCUGCUGCUGAUGCUGUUCAUGAGGAAACGAGUCGCUCUGACCAUCGCUCUGUUCCACGUGGCGGGGAAAGUCUUCAUCCACCUCCCCCUGCUCACCCUGCAGCCCUUCGUCACCUUCCUCGCCCUCCUGCUCUUCUGGAUCUACUGGAUCCUGGUCCUGCUCUUCCUGGGAACCACAGGGAACCCGGUCCAGAACGAGGAGACGGGUCUGACAGAGUUCAGACUGACGGGGCCUCUGCAGUACCUGACCUGGUACCACGCUGUGGGUCUGGUCUGGAUCACCGAGUUCAUCCUGGCCUGCCAGCAGAUGACUGUGGCCGGAGCCGUGGUCACUUACUACUUCACCAGGGACAAGAACCGGCUCCCGGUGACCCCGAUCCUGUCUUCAGUCCUGAGGCUGGUCAGGUAUCACCUGGGCACCGUCGCUAAGGGAUCCUUCAUCAUCACGCUGGUCAAGAUCCCCCGACUCGUCCUCAUGUACGUCCACAACCAGCUCAAAGGAAAGGAGAACGCGUGUGCUCGCUGUCUGCUGAAGACUUGCAUCUGCUGCCUGUGGUGUUUGGAGAAGUGCCUCAACUAUCUCAAUCAGAAUGCAUAUGCGGCCACAGCCAUCAACAGCACCAGUUUCUGCACGUCUGCACGUGACGCCUUCGUGAUCCUGGUGGAAAACGCUCUGCGCGUCGCCACAAUCAACGCCGUCGGGGACUUCGUGCUCUUCCUGGGGAAGAUCCUGAUCGUGACGUCGACGGCGUUCGCCGGCGUCGUCCUCCUGAACUACCAGCGGGAUUACGCCGAGUGGCUGCUGCCUCUGAUCAUCGUGUGUCUCUUCUCCUUCCUGGUGGCUCACUGCUUCCUGUCCAUCUUUGAGAUCGUGGUGGACGUCCUCUUCCUCUGCUUCGCCAUCGACACCAAGUACAACGACGGCACUCCUGGGAAGGAGUUCUUCAUGGACAAAGCUCUGAUGGAGUUCGUGGAGAGCAGCCGGCGGUUGGAGCGGGCGGUGGAGCGCGGGCGGAGCCGGGUGAAGGAGGCGGUGACGGAGGGGGCGGAGAUGAAGCCCAUGGACUCAGCAGAUGAACUGAAGACGUGUGUUCACAUGAACAUUAUUGUUACGCUAUGUGUAAAAAUCGGUACGAAUGAAUUUGUUGGCGUCUGCUGGGUCCUAGCUUCCUGCUGGCCCUAAACGGUCUUUUAAAUCAUUCCGGGCCGGAGGGAGUUCGCAGUCUGAAGUCAGACUACAUGUGUUUAAGAAUAAGUAAAUAAAGGACUUCUUCUUUCCCCUCCAGACCUGGAUCCUGUAGUGUGGAGGUGUAGAAACCUUUUCGGCUCGUUACCCCUGAAAACAAACAUGAAACAAAGUUUGUUUUUUUUCUUUGUCCAAAGUAAUAAAAUGAUCCAGUAAUUCACGGGGAAACAAAUCCAACAUUAGAAAACAUGACUUUGUGUCGCGGUAAUGUUCAUUUAUUCUGCUUCCCCGUUAAUUAAUCGUCACAGAUGUAGGGAAAUGACAGUUACACGAAGUAUAAUAAUAAUAUUAUAUUAUAUAUUAAAGCUAACCCCCUCAGGAGGAACACAGUUUAAUAAUGAUAGUACACAUACAUAAAUAUCCAUAUGUAGGCGCAUGUACACAUACAUGACACAAAGCAAAGGCAUCCCAGAUCAAACAGUAAGAAGGGAUCAAAGUUUCUCGUAAUAAAACACAUUUUACUCCUCGACGUGUCCGAGGCAGUUCCCGUGUUUGAUAAACGCAGAAGGAAAGUUAACGGACUCGGACCGAAGCUUCAUCUGUUUGUCGCGUUGGCGUCCGGUCGCGCACUGAGCUCAUCUGAGUCUCCUCAACUUCAAGCGCUUUCACGCACUUUCAGUUCCUUCGGCUGAUUUUAUUUUCCCAGCAGACAGAUGUGACAUUUACUACACUGAUCAGAACAAGACAUUUAAUCUGUGCGCGUUUCAGCUGCUGGCCGACUGUCAGAUUACCGUCGUGACUUUUAGGUGAAUUCAGACACGAGACUGUGUUGAACUCAAGGAAAAGGGGCUUCACUUCACAUUCAAUACAGUUUAACGGCCGACUUCUUCUGGGUGCCUGUUCUAAACUCUCCAAGACUCAAAACCACCACAAAGAGUCUCUUUGGUUUUGUGUCCCUUUCAGUCUGGGGGUCUCGCUCCAGCGUAGGAGGGGUGGGGGCCUGUUCCAUGUCUGUGUCCAGGGGCCCGCUGUCUCAUAACCCCUAAAUAAAGGGAUAAAAUAGUUAACUGAGUCAUUAAAUAUGAAAAACCUUCUGUUUGGUGGUGUUUCUAAAAUCCUGCUCCGGCCCCGCUGACUAGGACUACCCAUGAUGCUUCACUCUCACCUCCAUUUCCCUCAUAACCCCCUCACUGCCUCCACCUGUCAUCCUCCGUCCUGUCUGUUAGAUCAUCAUGAAGAACCAUGAAACUGUUAACCAUGUGGACUCGUUUCCUGUUUCAGGCUCCGGGGACGAGUUCAGCUUGACCAAAAUCAGCCAAUGGGACUUCUUAAAAAAAAAAGAGACAUUCCAAAUGUUUAUUUUUACCAACGUGUAACAUGUUUACUAUGGUUUCACUCCAGGGAAAACAAUAUUUUAAUAAGAAACUGUAAAAACGUAACAAUGUAAUGAAGCACUUUAUAUUGAAGCGCUGCAGAUUUUAAACCGGCUGAUGCAUUUUUUCGUAGUGAUGUCCUUUUUUAUAAAACUACAGCAUCUCGUCUCACUCUGAACUCAUCGUCUCCGCUCACACUUCAGUUCCUAACAGUUUCAGCGAAGCGACUUUUUCUUUUUUUAUUAAUGAUUUUGUUCUGGAGACAAGCUGCGGAUCACACGACUCCUCACCUGGACUCCGUGUUGUGAUGACAUCAGAGGGGCGGAGUUUUUGGACAGGUGGAUCAGCAGCCAUAAUGCUCCACGCCUGAUUGGCGGAUGAGAUCUGCGCGGUCAGCUGGUGUCAGAGGACGGGGUCAAAGGUCAGACAGAUUCUGCUGCAGCUUCUCUUCCGUUGGCCGGCCGAUCAGGUUUCAUCUGAGAGAGACUGACGGGACGCACUGCGAGCAGAUCGAUCAAUACAUCUGAUUAGUGAUAUACAACUAAAUAUCCAUAAGAUCCGAGCGGCCGGAUACAGUUUGACUCGUUCGAUAGCUGGUCCAGGGGCCGCGGGUUGGGAACCGCAGCGUUAAAACAUCCAGCAUGUUUGAAUCGACUCUUCCUGCCAAAUAAAUCUUUAACUCAUAAAAAAUGCUUCCAGUUAAAGUCAGACGUCAGUUCUGCUGGGUCAGACCUUUGGACGCAGUCUGAAACUGACCUGUGGAAAACCUCACCUGUGACCUCACCUGUGACCUCCGCGCUCGCUGCGUCACAUGGUGGCAAUGCAAACCUUUGGGGGAAAUUUGAAAUGUAAAUUCUUGCAGGUGUUUUCAUGAUCUCACAGACAUCUACUGUCUCCCUGGAACAAUACAACGUUUAUCCCGGGUGAAAAGGAUUCUGAUGGCGGGUUCACACCAGUCUCGUUUAGUCCGGUUGAACCGAACCCUGGAGCGUUUACCCCCUUGGUGCGGCUCGUUUGGCUCGGUGCGAACGCCGGACUCGAAACCUGGUGCGGACCGCUGUCAGGUGAACUCUGGAGCGGUUCAUUUCUGGUGUGAACACCAUUGGAACCAAUCACAGGAAGCUUACCACCGUAUGUGUCGUUUUAUUGGUUAAAAAACGUUUUCUCUUCCUGUUUUGGUGACCGGUGAACUAGUAGCGCGUUUGCUACCAAAAAGACAAAACUUGGUGAUUUUUGCAUGUUCGCAGUUACCUCACUGGUCCACUUUGCAAAUGCAAACAAGUGGUGGUGGGAUCUCAUCAGAACCAGCCGUCUUCUGUGAUAAGACCGUCCGGUGGCAGAGCGUCUUCCUCGAAAUGUCUGCAUUAUUAAAUGAUUUAAUACCUGCUGUCCUACGAGACGUUCAUAUGCGCGGUCCUCUAAAGUCUGCUGCCUGCAGUCUGCGGUGCUCCGUGAUGUACGAUAUCCAGGGAGAAAUAUGGAGGGGCUCGUUGUCUUUUUACCCGCAGACUGUUUGACCAAUAAUGGAACAGCUUCCUGUGGAGCCACUAAAGGCUUUAUACCACUUUAAAACAUGCAGUGAAACACCUGGAGACACCUGCCGAGGUGGGAGUUCAACUUUAAUGUACGUUAAAGUGAAGAAGCAGAGCUGAGUGGAGCAUCUUCCAUUUUAAACAUUGGUUUUCCCCAAAGAUGUAUUAAUAGAUGUAUUAAUAGAUGUGAUACGGCGUCUCCACUCAGCCAGUGGUCACUCGUGGUACUGCAACAAAACAAUUGCUGACAGGACGUUUCUCUUUGGAUUAUUACCUUUUAACCCAUGAAGAUUUUAUAUUUGUAAAACUUUCAUAGAGUCCAGAACAGAGAUUUUAAAGUCUGUGACGUCUCAAUGUAAAGUCUAUGGACCAAGCAGGAGAAACGCUACUGAGCAUGUGCAGUGGGCCGCACAAAACAGAAGCACUAAAAAAAAAAAAGAAGUCUCAGAACUUUGUCUGUAUUUUCCCUGAUUAGUACCAAACAACAUGCUUCUGUCCAGGAAACCUCAUUAGGAAAUAACAGACCUGUAAAAUACAGUGUUGGAAAACGUUUUCAUCUCGUGGCUCGGCGAGCAGUUUUCAUUGACAUGACUGGGCGCCAUCUUGGAGUAUUUCUAUAAUACAGUGAUGGUGGUUUUGCCUGCAGACAGAAAUCUGUGAGAUCAUGAAAAUACCUUUGCAUACAUAUAAAAUAGAGCCCAUCACAGAGUUUGACAAGUGGACCUGUGAAGACCUCUACUCACACGAGUGAAGAUGACUUUAAUCAAUUAUCUAAUCUGUUAGUGAUCAACUGUCUGUGAGACGCAUUCUAUAAAACAAGUUCAGACUCGAUUGCAGUCGUCUGUCAGAUCGAAGCUGUUGAAAACUGAGAUGUUAAACUGCCCCAGAGCCCCGGGUACCUCGUUUUGUGGUCCUGGAGCCGGUUGCACCAGAGUUCGACAAUAUUUCCGCAUAAUUAAACGAACACCACACAAACCACUGCUUAAUACAUGACAGACUCCACCCACCGACCUUUAUUCAGGUGUGAGCAGAUCACGAGGAUUACUGAUCAGCAGGUGAUGAACGUUAUUAAACGAUGAAUCUUUUGCUGAAAUAUGAUGCUGCAGUUGACUUCCUUGUUUACUUUAUGAAAUGCUUUCUGAUUGGACGCUGCCACAGAUGUUACUAAAGUCUUUACGAGCUCAGACGUCUCUUUCGUUUGACUGGUGCAACCCAAUUUAGUCAAUCAGUAGUUUGAAACUAACUCGUAGUUACUGAGAACUGAGGAAGGAUUUAUGAACAGCUGGUGCGACGUAGUCCUGGUCUCGCAGAAGUCCUAGUGUUUUAAGGCCGUAAUCAUUUGAGUUUCUGUUCGUUUUGUAUGUAUAUAGUUAUAUUCCUAAAUAAAGUGGUGUUCUAUCAAACUGCUUCAAAGUAACUAACAGACAGAAAACCUGCAGCAAAGCAGCAUCACUCCAGCAUGGGAGCACCGGUUGGUUUACAGGGUAAACGGGGACCCGAGGGCGACCAGCAGGUUCAGGUGGCCGUAAAGCAGAGCCGUCGUCAUAGUAACAAACUCUCGUCACUGGAACAGGAAUAUGAUUGGCUGUUGUACAGUUCACGUUGCAGUGAUGUGUUGCUCGCAGUGCGACGCCUGUUUCAGACUCCAUGUUGGACGUGUCAUCAUGAGGGCGGAGGUCAUUAACCUAUUGUCCACACGGGGGUUGCAGACCCACAGUGUGUGUGUGGGGGCGGGGGCUCUGACCUGCAAGGUGAAGGUCAUGUGACCAACUGGGACUGCCAAGCUAGCUCUAUCGCUAACAAGCUAAUCUGCUUGCAUGUUUACUGCCAGCUGUCACUACUAGUUGUACGAGCUGUUAGAAAGUGAUCUAUAACCCACACUGAUCAUGUUUUAUGAGUUUCAUUUCAGGACGAAUUGAUUAUUGGAAAUGAAGUUUGUUGUCAAAUAAUCACAGUGACAUGGCUGCAGGAGUCUGGUUAAAAUCUGAUCAGCUGAAGUGUUUGCAUGAAUAUAAUGUCAUAUUUGGGGGAGGUUACCUGCUGCAAGUCUUUAGUUUGUUUCUCUCAUGAUCACCAUUUUUACAGUUUAACAUUUUAUAGUGCCCAAAUCACAAUUUGUCAAAACUAAACAGAGGUGAAAGAAUAAAGAAAUGCAGCAGGUUGACUAACAGAUUUACUGUUUUCUGCAGCGUUUCCCUUCUUCUACAACACAGGAAAACAAGCUAGCAAGGCUACCAAAAACUAGCCUAUCGACGACCUCCGUCUCUGUCAGUCACAUGACUCUCACCUUGCAGGUCGUAGCGGUCCGUUGAGUCUCCCUGUGGUUCUAAAUGUUUAGUUGUGACGUGGAGUCUGUGACGGGCGUCAGUGUCCCGUCAACUGAUCUGUGAUGAAGAUGAUUGACAGUCAGAUUGCUGUCGUCUUGGCAAACCGUCACCUGGAUCCUACUUCCUGUCCUGGAGUUUGAGCUCCUCUUCACUGUCUGAAACCUCCACGACAUAAAGUCAAAGUGUUGUUUCCAUUUAAAAUCCAGAGAAGAAGAAGGUCAGAGAUGUGUGGGCGGAGCUUCAUGUGGAGGUGACAGCUGAGUUCAGACCGUCAGCAAUAAAACAAACUGCAUCAUGUGACCACAUCAACAACAACAAGUCUUCCUGCUUCUGUUCGUUGAACAUGUUCCAGGUUUAAAGUUUGAUGUUGAACACGUCGUCUCAGACAGGAAGUCAGAUCAACAUCACUUAUUGUCCAGCUGUCCAACACAAGGCAACUGAUUGGGCAACCUGAGCGAGAAAGGUCGUCUCAACUGACUGUGGGAUCAGAUUGUGUAACCAAAUAAUCUCAAGUCAGCGUCACGGCCUGUGAGAUGCAGUUGAAAGCUCAGAGAAACUUAUGAAAAGUCAGUAAGUGGACCAUUGAGUAGUUUUGUCUCACGUAUUUGGGCAACGCUUCCAGAACCAGGCAACACCAUCAGCAACGGGCAGAAUCAAUUCUUGGUGACGAAAUGUUGACGUGAUGAAGGCAACUCGCGGUGCUCUGUUGCCCGUCCUGGUUGCCCAACACGUUGCCUUGUUGCCCUGCAGGUUGAGCUGUGUGUCAGGCUGAAUCCAAACGCCCACCAGACUUUCCGGCUGAACCCUCAGACUUCGGUCACACUGUGACGAGUUCACCGUCACCACUUGUUUCCAUGGAGAUUAACUGAAGUUGAAAACCUGGAUGACUGGAUGAAAACCAGUUAAAACAAACCAUUGAGCCUGGUACUACUGGAAAAUCAGAGUUCCUCAGCGACGAGCUGCUGAACAGUUUCUCCUCAGUCUGUAUUUUAAACGUUUCUCCUGAAUGGGACUGAACACAGAAACCUGGAAUUAUUUACACUUUGUUUCUGAGCUUUUGUCUGGUUCUAAACACUACAAUACCCAUGAGCCUCAGCUGCUGUUGCUGUGGAGAAGAAGCCAGUCAGAGGUGUGAGUCAGAGCGGUGGUCGAUUUUACCAGUUAUGUAUUAAUAGAUGUGAAACGGCGCCUCCAAGAGCGACCAAAUGCAGCAGAAACAGCAUUUCUGACAAUAUAAAUGUGCAAAGUGAAUCCACUGUUGAAUGAAAACAUUGACUACUGCAGCUUUAGGUCUGAACGUUUGGAUUCAGCCUCAGUCUGAUGGAGUCAGUUUGUUCUUGUAAAGUUCACACAUGGACCUGCUGACGUGUUUCUGAGACGAGUUUGUUGCUGUGAUGAUGAACGUUGCUCUGUGUGCAGUUAGUUUUUCCGUCCUGAGAUGUAAACGGGUGCAGCUGAUGUGUUUAGAGGACGGACGGUUUCCAGGCUGCGACUGUUCCCGUCGUCGUCCUCCUGUCAGCAAAACACCUCCUUCACUUCAAAAUGAUGAUGAACCGGUCAGAGAGUUUCAGCAGCUUGAAGACAAACUGUCUGAACAGCUGAUCUGAGAGCUGUUUGAAAAGAUCAAACCCACAUGAAUCACAUUCUGGUGGAAAAGAUCUCUUCAUGCAGUUUUCUUCUGUGCAGAAACUCUGGAUCUCACUGAGAUUUAGCUUUGAAAUAUUAAGAGCAUGUGUGUUUAAAAGCUGCUGACGCAGCGAGUCGGCGGUCACAGGACUCGAUGCUCCGAGCAUGUUAACUAAUUGCACUAAAGAUGGAGUUCAUUCAACACUGACGUCAGUUUAAAGUAGCUGUAAAGUAUUUUAGAUGAACAAUGUUUGUAGCUCAGAUAUUAACACACACACACACACACACUUAUUCAUGUUCAAACGUCCCGAUAAGAAAAAACUUUAAGAGCAACGUUGGAAAUAUUUAAGUCCUGCUUCUCAGACACGUUUAUACACAACAAUUAGUUUGGAUCAUGUGACCGCUGUCGCCGGGCAGAUUAACCUGCUGACUGCAGGAACUGAAGCGUUUCAUUCCCUCAACAGACAAACGGCCGAACUGAUUAAUUAUUGAUGAAAAAUUAGGGCUGGAAGACGAUUAUUUUCAUUAUUAUUCAAGUAAAAGCGUCCGUCUCAGUCUCUCCGAGUCCAAACUGACGACUUUAAUUGUCUUGUUUUAUCCGACCAACAGUCCAAAACCCAAAGAUUCGGUUUCUGUGAGACAAAAAAUGUUCCUAAUCAUUUUCUAGGAAGCUUCCUGGGAAAAAAUAUCAUUUGGUCCAAAUUAUAAGAGGAAAUUGGGAUUUUAUUGAAAGAAAAGUUCCAUUUAAACCCAAAUAAAUAAUAAUUGAUUAUUAAAUUAUUAUUGGAAACUUUAUUCUUCUUUAUUGCUUGUCUGUUACACAUAUUACGUUCUUUCAUGUUCAGUCAAUCUGCUGUGAUCUGAAUAAAAGACUCUGCGUUACACAGCAAUUACAUUGGAAUUGUACCAAUUAAACUUUUCUGUCUAUUUUCCCUAAAAUAAUUACUAAAUUAGUUCUUUUCAGGAAACUUCCUGGAAGUUUACCCGUAAAAUUAGUUGUUACCGAAAUUACUCAAUUAAUCAAAUAUAAAAAUAUAUUUUCUGUCGAUUGACUAAUCAAUUAAUCAACUAAUCGUUUUGUGUCUGUAAAGUAUGAAAUCAUUUGUUAGCUGGACUCCAGGACUCUGAGUCUCAGCAGGUCUUCAUGGAUCCUGUGAUUCACUAAACCAGAUUGCACCAUUAAAACUUAACAAACGUCUCGGCGAGUAAAGACUUUAGUAAAUCUGUUGCUAGGAAACAUCUGUAGCGCCGUCCAAUCAGGAGCAAUCAGCUAUGUAAACUAGCAUAACUUCCAAACAUCACAGCUUCAGAGGCUCAAAGAGAAAUCUUUGUAAAUGUUAGUUUGUUUCUGUCUGCAGACACGCAGAAAUCUGUCUCUGAGUUAGAAGGAUUCAUACAGUUUAUGAUGAGAGGAAAUAUCUGACUAUGCUCAGCUAACUGACGUUAUUUACUCAUGUUGUUAUUUUAGUGAAAUGUAAUUUAAAAUCUUCCAGAUUGACAUCGUUAAUAAACAGCAUUUAUCAGGUUUCAGGUCAGAGACGUCGACCGAGCUCCACAUCGCCUCUUUUACUCUUCGCUCUCCGUAAUAAAGAUUUCUCACACAGCAGAAGAAAAAGAAAAACAUAUGCAUAUAUCAUAUCCUAUAUGAUUCAAAAGCAACAACUCUGUCAACAGAAGUAGUUGUGUUUGGCGUGAAGGUUCUGGUUUAUUAAGAUGAACUGAUUUAAAUUGACCAUGGAAGGAAAAGUGUUUAUAUUUCUACAGAUGGGUUUGAAUCCGGCUGGAAGACAUUUUUUAAGAAAUGAAAUAUGAACCAACAAAAGAUUUAACUUCAGCUGCUGAAUUAAAAGAUAAAACCUGUGAUUAAUUAUUCUGGUUCCUGAUGUUUCCUGAUAAAUACGUUCGGACUGUUGGAAUGAAACUUUUCAGCUCCUCUGUCGGCUGCUGACCAAUAAUCAGCUUCAUUUACCAAAUCCAACCAAUUAGCGCCUAGAAGCUCCCCCUGCUGAAGGUGUUGGGUUGACAGGUGAGCUGUGGGUUAGGGACGCUCCAAUCAGGACGUUUAUACCGAUUUAUUGAUCUGACAUUGUCAUAAUCACAUGAUCCGAUACCAAUCGCUGAUUGGUUCAAACAGGAUCAGUCGGCCUCUCUGAUCACUGAGCAGCUUCACCGAGCAGGAGAUGAAAUAUUUUAACAUCUCACUCACCUGAUACCCGUGUGCAAAGGAGACGACGUCACAGCUGAUGUCACGUCUUUCUGUGGUUGGUCGUUUCUGUCGAUGGUAAACCUGACGAGAAGCUGCUGCUGAUUUAGUCUCUCCGUUAGCUUACCUUUAGCUUACCGUUAGCUUACAGUGCGGACACGAAAAAAGUCUUCUAAAAGCACGUUUUCAUUUGGAAAAGUACUGUUAGCUCUGUUAGCAUCUAGCAUGCUAACACAGGCCCUAGCGCUCGCUAGCAGCCUAAAGACACUUCCUGUCUCCACACAGUCUUCAACCUGAAUUAUAUGUUUUGCAUCCGUCUGGCUGCGAGGGUCUACGUGAUACCGAUUUAGUCUUUUGUCCACGUCCACAUGGCCCCAGAUGUAUGAUCACCUGGACUGUAUGGUUCUGCGAACAUGCCAACCAAAGUAGUACGUACAGAUAUCCGUGUUGUCUUUGGAGUAUAUCGGUGAAGUCAUUUACAGGUCUUUAGAAAAUACUACAAUUAAAUACUACAACUAGCAUAUCAAUUAUUCAGUGGAUUAUUUCUCAGAUAAAAGGAAUAUUAAUAACGGAUUACUCCUUCAGUAUUGCGUUUACAUAAAUGUGGGUACUCGCAAGAGACAGCUUUUAAAAAGAAUUGUCAAAACUGGCUCCAGUUCAUUGUCAUUUAGCCAAACCGACCAGUGAUUUUCUGUCCGACCGCAGAGCUACAACUAUUCAGAAUUUCACAAGUCAGAAAGAAGGCGAAUAAUUAAUU